AUGGACGAAGAAGAAAUAAAUUGUACAUUUGCAGUAAUAGGAGGUGGUAUUGCUGGGGUAUCUUGUGUUGAAGGUAUAAGUUUUCUUGCUCCACAGGUAGAUACAGUUCUGAUUACAGCAAGUCCUUUGAUAAAAGCAGUUACAAAUAUAGUACCACUUGGUAAAACAUUAAUGCAGUUUAAUGUAGAAGAGAAAGACACAGCAAGUUUGUCAAAGACAAAUAAAUCGUUAAAAAUUAUACAAGAUUUUGUAAUCGAAGUAAAUGUUUCAAAUAAACAAAUAUUAACAAAAAAUGGAAGAAUUGUAAAUUAUAAAAUACUAUGCCUUUGUAAUGGUGCCAGACCAAAGCUUAUAACAGAACGUAACAAGUUUAUUUUAGGAAUUCGAGAUACUGAAUCGGUUAUUCAGUUUUCCCAAAAAAUACAAAAUUCAAGGAGGAUCAUAGUAGUUGGAAAUGGAGGUAUUGCUACUGAAAUUGUAAACGAAGUCGACGGUGUUGAAAUAAUAUGGGUAAUUAAAGACAAACACAUUUCUGCAACAUUUGUUGAUCCCGGCGCUGCAGAAUUUUUUAUGGAUAAAAUACAUAAAACCAAUGUAUCUGAAAAUGUUAAUAUAAAUGCUCCAACUAAAAGAAUGAGGUAUACUGUGUCUGGCACAUCAGUUGUAGAAGAUGGACCAGCUUUAGGUCCAGACUGGCACAAUAAUUUUAAUAUAAAGGGUACUUUCUUUAAAUCAACAAAAGUUCAAGUAGAGUAUGACAGCGAAGUUGCAAAAAUUCUUAGCACAUUGGAACAGAAAGAAUUUGAUCCUAUGGAGGAAUGGCCUGUAUAUGUCGAAUUGACAAAUGGAAAGAUUAUUGGUUGUGAUUUUAUUGUAUCGGCAACAGGUGUAAUACCAAAUUCAAACAUAAUGGGUUUAGAUGAUCUUAAGAAAGGAGAAGAUGGUGGAUUAUUAGUAGAUUGGAAACUAGAAACAUCGGAACAAGACAUAUAUGCUGCUGGAGAUGUAUGCAGCGCAGGAUGGGAAUUAGCAAAACAAUGGUUUCAGAUGAGGUUGUGGACGCAAGCACACCAAAUGGGACGUUAUGCCGCGAAAGCGAUGAUUUCUAAAUUUAAAAAUGAGGAAUUUUUACAAGAUUUUUGUUUUGAAUUGUUCACUCACGUAACUAAAUUCUUCGGUUACAAAGUAGUUUUGCUUGGUUUAUAUAACGGACAAAAAUUAAAUAAUAAGUACCAAAUUUUAUUACGAAUGACCAAAGGAAAGGAAUAUAUAAAGCUUGUGCUAGAAAAUGAUAAACUGCAAGGAGCAGUAUUGAUUGGAGAUACUGACUUGGAAGAAAUGUGUGAAAAUUUAAUACUUAAUCAGUUAGAUUUAAGCAUUUAUGGGGAAGACUUAUUGAAUCCUGAUAUUGACAUUGAGGAUUACUUUGAUUAGUUGUAUAGAGAUGAACUUAAUAAAUGUAUAAUUACGACCUAAAGAAAAUACAAAAUAUAUUUAAGACACAUUUACA